AUGGCGCCGAGCUCGAAAGCGGAGCGGGGCGGCCCCGGGGGGAAACGGGGGGCGGCGGGGGGAGCUGGGACCGGGGCAGCACCCCGAGGCCGCCGCGAGCACCUCGUGAGGCAGCUCGACCGCGCCCGGCUCAGUGGGCAGCUCUCCUCCCGGCUGUUCCGGAAGCUUCCACCGCGUGUCUGCGUCACCCUCAAGAGCAUCGUGGAUGAGGAGUUUCUGUGGGCAGGCCACAUCUUCCUGGGCUUCUCCAAGUGUGGCCGCUACGUCCUGUCCUACACCCGCAGCUACGGGGACGACGACUUCUCCUAUUUGUACCACCUGUACUGGUGGGAGUUCAACGUGCACAGCAAGAUGCGCCUGGUGCGCCAGGUGCGGCUGUUCCAGGACGAGCAGAUCUACAGUGACCUUUACCUGACCCUGUGCGAGUGGCCGGGGGACAGCGACAAGGUCAUCGUCUUCGGCUUCAACACGCGCUCGGCCCCAGGGCUGCAGGUGAACAUGAUGCUGAUGAGCGACGAGAACCACCGCGACAUCUACGUGAGCACCGUGGCCGUGCCCCCGCCUCGGCACUGCCCCGCCUGCCGCCGGGCCACCGUGCCCCCCGGUGAGGCUCCCCCUACCUGCCUGCGCCACGGUUUCCUGCUGCACACCAAGUUCCAGGUGGUGUAUCCGUUCCCCACCUUCCAGCCGGCGUUCCAGCUGCGCAAGGACCACGUCGUGCUGCUCAACACCAGCUUCUCCCUUGUGGCCUGCGCCAUCGCCGUGCACCCCGCGGGCGACAGCAGCUCCCAGCAGAUCCUCUACGAACGCCGGAACAUUCCAGGUCCCAGCCGGAGGGGGGAAAACGCCCCCCCACAACUCCCCGAGGAGCUGGAGGGGUCUGCCAAGGAGUUUGUGGCUGACCUGUUCCGGAGGGCUCAGGGCGCUGGGGGAGGGCCUGGGGGGGACGAUCCCCCGCCCUCCCCCCGCGGGCCGCCCCCCGAGACUCCCCCCACAGUGCCCGGCAGCCCCCCAGGGGAGCCACAUCCCCCUGGCACCUCCCCUGAGCCCGGCUACGUCAACUACACCAAACUGCGCUAUGUGCUGGAGCCUGGGGAGCCCCCCGAGGACCUGGAGGAUGACAAGAUCUCGCUGCCCUUUGUGGUGACUGACCUGAGCGGUCGCAGCCUGAGGCCACUACGGGACCGAGCUACGGCCCAGGGGCAGUACCUGACGGUGGAGCAGCUCACGCUGGACUUUGAGUACGUCAUUAACGAGGUGAUUCGCAAUGACGCCGCCUGGUCUCGCCAGUUCUGCUCCUUCAGUGACUACGACAUCGUCAUCCUCGAGGUGUGCCCUGAGACCAACCAGGUGGUGAUAAACAUUGGGCUGCUGCUGCUGGCCUUCCCUUCCCCUGACGAGGAGGGGCAGCUCCGUCCCAGGACUUACCACACGAGCCUCAAGGUCGCCUGGGACCUCAACAGUGGCACCUUCACCACCGUGGGUGUUGGGGACCUCACAGAGGUCAAGGGGCAAACCAGUGGCAGCGUGUGGAGCUCGUACCGCAAGGGCUGCGUGGACACCGUGAUGCGCUGGCUCGUCCCCGAGGGGCCCGGCCGCGGCGUGCACAGGAUGACCAACGAGGCCCUGCACAAGGUCACAGGGGAACCCAAGGGUGUCUAG